UCCUUUUUGCCCUAAACCUGAAACUGAAAUGAUGGUUCAUGUAACUAUUCAACCUACACGACCUACCAGAGCACCAUAUACAUGUCAUUGGAGUUUAAAUCAUAAUGAGAUAUGUAGUACUUACAUUUCAGCUAAAGCUUUUGAAACACUGAACAUCCCACAAUUAAUGGCUUAUGGUAACCCCUCGUCUGUAAAUGUCCCUAUUCUCAAUGCUGAACAACAAGAAGUCUCUGGUGGUCCUAUUCUCAAUGUUGAACAACAAGAAGUCCCUGGCGCAAAACUUGUCUUUCUCCAAGCAUUUGUGGAACAAAGAAAACUUGAACAUGAAAAAUCA